AGGCGCGGGCGGCGCCACUGUCUUGGCGGCUGCAGUAUUAUUCUGGCUUUGCCUCGAUGGCUACCUCGCGCCUCUUUUGUAGUGUGCAGGAUGCUCUGUUAGGGGCUGUGAAGAAGUGACUGAACCAAGCCAUGUCAUCAAGGAGCUAAUCUAGUGGAGGAGGUGGCCGUGCACACACAUGACUUUAACAUGAGGCAGUCUCUGAAUUUAUAUUCUUUAUGGAAGAUGUGACUUACCCAGGCAGUACAUCACAAUGCAAGGCAAUACAUGUCAUAGAAUGUCAUUCCACACAGGACGAGGUUGUCCUCGAGGAAGAGGAGGGCAUGGAACCAGACCCUCAGCACCAGCCUUUAGGCCGCAGAAUCUGAGACUGUUGCACCCUCAGCAGCCUCCUGUGCAAUAUCAAUAUGAACCUCCAAGUGCCCCUUCCACCACAUUCUCGAACUCUCCAACCCCCAAUUUUCUGCCUCCACGGCCAGACUUUGUACCCUACCCUCCACCCAUGCCUCCGUCAGCACAAGGCCCUCUUCCCCCAUGCCCAGUCAGACCACCUUUCCCCAACCACCAGAUGAGGCACCCCUUCCCAGUACCUCCUUGUUUUCCUCCCAUGCCCCCUCCAAUGCCUUGUCCUAAUAACCCCCCAGUCCCUGGAGUACCUCCUGGACAAGGCACUUUCCCCUUCAUGAUGCCUCCUCCUUCUAUGCCUCAUCCUCCACCCCCUCCAGUCAUGCCACAGCAGGUUAAUUAUCAGUACCCUCCAGGAUACUCACACCAUAAUUUCCCACCUCCCAGUUUUAAUAGUUUCCAGAACAACCCCAGUUCUUUCCCACCCAGUGCUAAUAACAGUAGUAGUCCUCAUUUUAGGCAUCUGCCCCCGUACCCACUCCCAAAGGCUCCCAGUGAGAGAAGGUCCCCAGAAAGGCUCAAGCACUAUGAGGAUCACAGGCACCGAGAUCACAGUCAUGGGCGAGGUGAGAGGCAUCGGUCCCUGGAGCGGCGGGAGCGAGGCCGCAGCCCUGACAGGAGAAGACCAGACAGUCGCUACCGGUCAGGGUCAGAUUAUGAACGAGGCAGGACGCCUUCCCGUCACCGCAGCUAUGAGAGGAGCAGAGAGCGGGAACGUGAGAGACACAGGCACCGGGACAACCGAAGAUCACCAUCUCUGGAAAGGUCCUACAAAAAAGAGUAUAAGAGAUCUGGAAGGUAAGCAAGGCGUUGUUGUUGAAAGAAGUAUUAUUCCUGGAUUCAGAUUUUGUGCUUGUGCAUCUAUUAGCUAAGUCUUCCUAAC